AUGGUUCCAGCCCCGGCACCUGGCACAUAUUUCAUCCCGCAUCACGCCGUGCUCAAGGCCGACGGUGACAUGUCCAAAAUACGCGUCGUGUUCGACGCUUCGUCUGCGUCGUCAUCCGGUCGCUCCUUGAACGAUGUAUUGUGCACCGGACCGAAGUUACAAGUUGAUUUACGCGAUAUCUUACUUCGUUGCCGCAUGCACAGGUACAUUUUGUCCGCUGACAUUGUCAAAAUGUAUCGACAAAUUUUAAUUCGUCCACAAGAUCGGACAUAUCAACAUAUAUUUUGGCGUAACUCGCCUAGCGACGAACUCGUCGAGUUUCAAUUAUGCACCGUCACGUACGGUCUCAAUUGCGCGCCCUAUCUAGCCAUACGCUGUCUGCACGAGCUCGACAGCCAGGACGGUCAUUGUUUUCCGCUAGCAAAACAUGUCCUCACUCGAGCYACUUAUGUCGACGACAUCGUUAUUGGCGCCGACACAGAAGAACUCCUGUUACGUCGAAAAGGGGACAUCGUCGGAUUACUGCACAGCGGCGCUUGUGCACUCAGCAAGUGGACUAGCAACAGUGCAACCGUCCUCGAAUCUGUUCCCACCGAGGACCGUGUACAGUCCAUGUCAUUCGAUCCGCGUGAGGAACACGGCGUCAAGGURCUCGGCUUGCAUUGGGACACAGACACAGACCAAUUCGUAUAUCAUACCAGUAUACAACAAAUCUCGUCCACGAAACGGCAGGUGUUGUCCAUCAUCGCGCGUUUGUUCGAUCCCAUCGGUGCUCUGGGCCCGAUGUUGUUGUGGSCAAAGUGCUUCAUGCAGUCCUUGUGGUGCAAUAAACUCGGAUGGGACGAUGUUAUGUCUGACGAGCUGCGAACUAUGUGGCAACAGUUCUGCACGGAGUUGCCUCUUCUGUUCGAUUUAAGUCUACCGCGUCACAUCGACGCCACCAGUUAUCAGGACAUCCAGCUGAUUGGCUUCGCGGAUGCAUCCGUCAAAGGAUACGCGGCUACCAUUUAUCUCCGUUUUGUCCACGCGCCCGACGACAUAGCCGUUAAGUUCGUCACUU